AUGACGGCGGUGUUGUUAGCAAUGCAAACAGUUGUGUUGCUGCCGGCAAUGUUUGGGGGUGCAGCAGAGACAUCCAUAGAAGCAGUCACUUCCCCCUACCAUGAAGUAAUGUACCUUGAGAAACUCAUCUCUAACUUUAAAGGGAAACUGUCAACAGCACGAUCAAGGGCUACAGCGCUAAGCAACGACUAUUCCCUACUGACCCUCGCGGCAGUGUGUACAGAAGACACUCAGAAGGCAGCGGCGUACAUUGCACUUUCUGCCGAAACAAAAGAAGCCGAAUUGAAGCAAGAGGCAGCAAUAGCAGCCGGAGAAGCCCAAAUAACAGAGCUGGUGAAGACGCUGAAAGCAAGGGUGUCACAAACGAAAGCGCUAAUCCAUGCAGAACGCGACGCGGUGGAUACGCAGGUCGCAACACCAGCAACGACGACGCAGACGUUUUUGUCCGCCGGCACAGGCGAGCACUGCACUAUACCGACAUCCCGAGGGCCGUCAACGACCGACAGCUGCACCGAAGCAGCAGGCAGCGGCACACACAUAGACAAAGCGGUUGUAGAACUCCAAGAAAUUGAAAACAUCAAGCUACUCAAAGAUGAGCGCUUCUUAACUCCAGAGUACGAACUAAUUGUAGCAGCUCAAGGUAACGCAGGCACCGGCGGGCCGCACCGCUCGUACAAAAAAGGCGCCUGCGCAACCAGCGGCGACAGCGGCGCGAGCCUGAGGAGCCUAACAGUUGCACUCGGCGUUAAAUCAAUUACGAGGAAAAAGGGAGAGGACGAGGACCCAGCAAAGCAAUCACUAUUCAAAGGACAGGGAGCAGGAUCGGGGUGCGUAGACGCCGACACAGACAGCAAAUCUCACUUAACGACACAAAAGAAAGUCGCAAAUGCCAUCUGCAGGCACCGUGGCGCAGACAUCAAAUUAUACGAGCGGCCGUUGCUGAAAAGCAAGACGACACUAGCCAACGAAGGUAACCUGAGGGCACUCGCACAGCUUCUGGCAACAGGAAAAGUCAACACAAAAGAAGAAGCCACCAGCCAAACCGAAGCAGUUAAGGCUCUACUUCCGGCAGGAGAGUCAACUCUAACCGCAGACCUGGUAGAUCCCUUGGCAACUGAGGAAAUCACUUACGACAAUGAUAACAACCCUGUAAAAACAACGAUCAAAGACACAAACAAGCCUGGAAAAUUCGCUACCACACUCGCUUUUUCCUACAGCAGACGACAGCGGAAAAAAUCAGCGAUAACAGCCCAAAAGGAAGUUUCAGAUACUAAAAAAGAAAAAUGCAAGGAAGACACAGAAAAAAGCAAAUACAUUGCAGACACAGACUGCGAACACAAAGACGGAAAAUGCAAACUUAAAGAGGGGGUGAAUAUGGAAAAUGAUGGAAAAACUACAAAUACCACAGGAAACAAUUCUUUUGUCAUUAGCAAAGUCCCUACUUUCCUUGCAUUUUUGCUUCUAUAA